AUGCUCGACGCCGGCACUCUGGAAUCCUAUCUCGCCCAGGUCUACCAAUGGAUGAUCAAGAACCCUUAUAACGUCGUCACCUUCUUGAUGGGCAAUUCCGACAACCUCCCACCAACCGCCUUUGUCGACUCCAUCGAAAAAUCGGGCCUGAAAAACAUCAUCUACUCGCCCCCGAAGGCCCCCAUGACCCUGGACGAUUGGCCCACUCUCUCCGAGAUGAUCCUCUCCAACAAGCGCGCCGUUUUCUUCAUGGACUACGGUGCAAAUGAGACCGCCGUGCCCUAUAUCAUGGACGAAUUCUCUCAGCUGUGGGAGACACCCUUCUCACCCACUGACCGUGAUUUCCCUUGCACCGUGCAGCGUCCACCGGGCCUGAACCACAAGGAUGCCACCAACCGCAUGUAUAUGAUCAACCACAACCUCAACCUCCAAUUGAACUUUGGUUCUAUCAGCCUGCUCAUCCCCAACACGGCUUAUAUGGUCGACACCAACAGCGCCAACGAGACCUUAUACGGCAGUCUUGGUAACAUGUCGGCGAAAUGUACUGAAAAAUAUGACCGCCCUCCCAACUUUCUGCUCGUCGACUACUAUAACUGGGGCAAGCCCAAUGGCUCUGUCUUCGAGGUUGCGGCGAAAGCGAACAACGUCACGUGGAACGGUGACUGCUGCGGCAGCAGUUCGGCCGCUGCGCACAUGGCAGUCGCCAGUGUCUCGACGAUGGUCCUCGUGGCAGCAGGUGUCCAGUUCCUUCUCGCGGCGUUCUAA